AUGAUGUCGAUGCCUCAAUCAUCAACACCUAUACAAUCAGUGGGUCAAGUGUCAACGCCAAUUCAAACUUCUGCGUCAGGAGGAAGUUCAGUACCAAUGAGUACUCCUGUUCGUGUUUUAGCAAUUGAGUCAUAUUCAACAGCAGUGACUGAUCAAUCAACCGAUUUUGAAUGGCAGUCUAAUCAGCAGUGGUUUACUAUGUACAUAUUGGGUCAGGCCUUUUUAGCGAAAGGUCUAGCUUUCUGGGAUCUUUUAGGAGCCCAGGUAGAACAGACUCCACCAACAACACCAGAAUUCACGCAGCAAAGAUUCAUGGCAUUGGAACAACAACUGGCCGCACAAGCUACUACAACAGCACGAUUGGAACAAGUGUUACAUUUGUCAUCUGCAAGAAAUACCCCAGUACAACAUGUUGGCAUGGGAUUGAACAAUAAUGGAUCACAAACUACUAGAAAUGCUAUAGGAUCUAGAUCACAUAGUUGGGCACAAGCCGUCGGCCAUCCUUACGGGAACCAACCACUUGGUAAUGGUAAUCGUCAGCAUUUGCAACAACCACGACUUUUCGGUCAAAGGGGUGGUCGUCAACGAGCGGAUCUUGGAAAUGAUUUUCGACAAGAGCCAGAUGCAGUAGCAAAUGCUAACCAGCAACAUGAUUUUGAAGUAGAAGUUGAACAAACUUUGAAUGCUGAGGCAAUGUUUACAAGGAUGGUAGAAGACAUGGGAACUGCUUUCGAUUGGUACCAGUCAUUAGCACCAGAGAUUCGGCAAAAGUUAGGGGAAACUGCAGAAACAUAUUUGAUUCGGUUCCGCCGGAUGUAUGCCAAAAUACCUGACAAAUAUGAAGAACCAGCUAUUGUCAAGAUGGCCAUUGUAGGAAUCCAGGAUUUCAAGGCCAAAUUAGCUGUUGCACCACAUUCUAUCCAUUCUUUGAACAAUUUGGCAGAUAUUGUCCGGCGGUGUGAAAAGGUAAUUAAAGAUAAGCGAGAGAAGAAUCCAGGGAAAGCAAAGCAAUAG